UGCUGUUAUACUCAAUUCACACACACGACACUUAAACAAUCAAUUAUAAGAAAUUUCCGAACGAAAUUACAUUACAAAUACAAAUUCGGUCUUGCAACAAGACAACGGGCUGACAAAACAAGUGAAUGACAAAUGGACAUACAAGAACGACUGAACGACUACUAGAAUGGCAAGGCAAAACAGCUGGACGAUCUGCGCUUGCGCAAACAAGCCUACUAUUGGCAGAACUGAAGUCUGGGAUUCUGGCGCUACGAUUCGAAUGCUCUGGCCGGACCAGUAUGGUUUGGCAGGAGCUAUUCAAUCGAGCUCAGUCAGUCGCAGAAGAAGGUACUUCAUUUCAAAUCCUCGCACCGAAAACGUUCAUUGCUUCUUGUUUUUUUUGGUGAAUUGUUUUUCAUCGGAUCUUCCGAACAUUGGAGAAAGUGAUUCCUUGCUUCACCCUGACACAAUGCCACGCACCAAAAAGAGAAGAUACAUUGCGGAGAGCAGUAGGGGAAAGAAGGCUCUGGCAUUAUUAAACAUCGAAGUAGGAUAUGGAAAUGGUGCAAACCACAUUCCCAUUGGAUCUCCAAGUGAAGAUCUUCCAGACGAAUCAGUGCCUGAGAAACCUUCCACAACACAUCUUCCUGACAAGUCAAUGCCUGAUAAGCCUUACAGUGAAGAUCUUCCAGGCAAAUCAAUGCUUCAGAAGCCUCACAGUGAAUAUCUUCAAGAUGAAUCAAUGCUUGAGAGGAACUUAGAUAAGCACUUCUUCCUGAGUUUCAUAAUUUAUGCAGCUUAAAGAAACCAAUAUUCAGUUCAAAUAACUUAUAUGAAACCAGCUAUUCUGUCAUACAUACAGUCAACAGAGUAAAGGAUGGAAUCUUCUCAAAAAGUAAA